GCAAGGCCGCAAAUCGGCCGGGGAGCGACCGGAGUCGGGCGGAGCGCUGCGCGAGUUGAGAACUGUUUCCAGGACCGAGAGGCUGAACGUGGGCAGACGCCUCGGGAGGAGUCAAGGCACCGGCGGCCAGGAUCAGGCUGAGGCGUCUGCAGCUGGGGGACAGCAAUCAGGGUCAGAGGACGCCAAGGAAAAGUGAGAGCAGAAGCUUGGAGGCGAGCGAGCGAGCCCCACUGGCGCCUUUUACGCAGGCUGGGGACUCCGUUUAUUCCUCCGGGGCUGGCCGGGCAAGUGCUACGUCAGCUCUAGGAGACCAGCCGACGCCACUGUCCCUUAAGUCGACUGGAGUCCUCAGCACCUGUCUAGGGCGCCAGGAGAGGCCGUGGUCAUGGUGAGUGAGGAUCCUAGCCAACAAGAGCGUGAUGGCACCCCUUCGCAGACGUCCGCACUCCAGGAGAACCCCAGCGUCUCGGCCCACCCCAGCGUCUCGGCCCACCCCAGCGUCUCGGCCCACCCCAGCAUCUCGGCCCACCCCAGCGUCUCGAUCCACCCAAGCGUCUCAGCCCACCCAAGCGUCUCGAUCCACCCCAGCGUCUCUGCGUACCCCAGUAGUUCGGCCCACCCCAGUACCUUGGCUCAACCCAGUGGCUUGGCCCAGCCCAGUACCUCCGGCCCUGAGGACCUCAGCAUAAUCAAAGUAAGCAAGCGCCGAUGGGCGGUGGUCCUGGUGUUUAGCUGCUACUCCCUGUGCAACGCCUUCCAGUGGAUCCAGUACAGCUCCAUCAAUAACAUCUUCAUGUCCUUCUACGGGGUCAGUGCCUUCACCAUCGACUGGCUGUCCAUGUGCUACAUGCUGACCUACAUCCCUCUGCUCCUGCCAGUGGCCUGGCUCCUGGAGAAAUUCGGCCUGCGCACCAUCGCCCUCACGGGCUCCGCUCUCAACUGCCUGGGGGCCUGGGUGAAGCUGGGCAGCCUGAAGCCACAUCUCUUCCCCGUCACCGUGCUGGGCCAGGUCAUCUGCUCCGUGGCCCAGGUCUUCAUCCUGGGCAUGCCCUCCCGCAUUGCUUCUGUCUGGUUCGGGGCUGAUGAGGUGUCCACAGCCUGCUCCGUAGCUGUCUUUGGCAAUCAGCUUGGAAUUGCCAUUGGGUUCUUGGUCCCUCCUGUCCUGGUACCCAACAUCAAAGACCAGGACAAGCUUGCCUACCACAUCAGCAUCAUGUUCUACAUAGUAGCAGGUGUGGCCACUCUGCUUUUCAUCCUUGUCAUCAUCGUAUUCAAGGAGAAGCCUAAACAUCCCCCGAGCAGGGCGCAAUCCCUGAGCUAUGCCUUGGCAUCCCCUGAUGCUUCGUACUUAAGUUCCAUCGUCCGACUCUUCAAAAACCUCAACUUCGUGCUUCUCGUCAUCACCUAUGGUCUGAAUGCUGGUGCUUUUUAUGCCUUGUCCACUCUGCUGAAUCGCAUGGUGAUCUUCCACUACCCGGGGGAAGAAGUGAAUGCUGGAAGAAUCGGCCUGACCAUCAUCAUUGCAGGAAUGCUCGGGGCUAUGAUCUCAGGCAUCUGGCUGGAUAGGACCAAAACCUACAAGGAGACAACUUUGGUGGUCUAUAUCAUGACUCUGGUGGGCAUGGUGGUUUACACAUUGACCUUGAACCUGGGACACCUGUGGGUAGUGUUCAUCACAGCUGGCGCAAUGGGCUUCUUUAUGACUGGCUACCUCCCACUGGGAUUUGAGUUUGCCGUGGAGCUGACAUACCCAGAAUCAGAAGGCAUUUCGUCUGGCCUCCUCAACGUGUCUGCCCAGGUAUUCGGGAUCAUCUUCACCAUCUCCCAGGGCCAGAUUAUUGACAACUACGGAACCAGGCCUGGGAACAUCUUCCUGUGUGUGUUCCUCACCCUUGGAGCCGUCCUCACUGCAUUCAUUAAGGCAGAUCUCCGGAGGCAGAAGGCAAACAAAGAAACUCCCGAGAAUAAACCCCAGGAGGAGGAGGAAGAGGAGGAAGAAGAGGAGAGCAAAGUCAGCAAAGGCCCCACCACUGUGCUGGAGGAGCAUCUCUGAGAGAGAAAGGUGGUGGGACUCAGGGAACACGGACCACCCCCACCUCUUCCGCCAGCACAGCUCUCCCCGCCAGCACCACGGGCUUCCCCGGAGCAGCUUUUGGAGGGAAUCCAGGGGAGAAUCUGUGGCUUGGAGGGCAGUGCCUCUGCCUCCUGGCACCCACUCCAGAGCUUGCGUUGUCUACUUGGGGGAGACGGCACGUUUCACCCAGUGCAGAUUGGGUCGCCCCCUGCCCCUUGUGGUUCCGGGAGCUGGCGGGGGAGGCGGAGGGAAUCCUGGAGCGGGUCCUGGCCUGCCUCGCCUCCCCCCACAUCCCUCGGGAGAAAGCCUGCAGAUUAUGAUGGACAGACAGCUUAUUCGGGAGACUGUUUCUAGUGUCUGUGGACCCUUAGGGGCCCAAUUGUAAGGAACAGCAGCUGUUCGGGACGAGGGUCCUUCUUGGGCCACCAGACUGACCGCUAAAGUUCUGUGGCAGAGAAAACACCAUCAGGACACACCUCUCAGGACUCUGGGACCAGGUUCUCCCAGCUCACGUUGGCGUCUGUCUCAAACCCUCUUUCCCAAGAGCUGAUGGAACCAAACCUCAAUACACUUGACAGAACUGUGUACUCUGGAAGCCUGAUUUGGGACCAGGAAGGUUCUUUUCUACAAAAGAUGUCCUGGCCCAGGACCUUGUAUGCAUGUGACUGUCACCUCUGCUGCCGUUAUCUGGAUGCUGCCCAUGUGUUCCUGUUCUCCAGAGGGAGGGCAGGCCCAGCCAAGUGCCUGUAACUUUACUGAAAACUAACCUGGAUCCUUCCCCUCUGAGAACCCCAAAGGUCGCCUAAGAGAUGAGAUGAGAGGGGCAGAAGGAGAGGUGGCCCUUGAAUGGGACCUGGGUCUGCUGGGUUAGGUGAGGGCAUUCCACCUCUGGUGGCGACAGUAUUUCACUCCCAGUCCCUCUGCCCAUCCCCUUCUAUAAUAGCAAUAAUUUCUUCUCAGAUGUUCUGAAUUAAAGGGAUUCCCUUUCAACAGCCCAAGCUGACCUCUCCUGCCUUGUCUGCUGUCUGCUCUACUCAUGGGCUUGGGGAGAAUCUGCUCACAAUAAGACAUUUUGGUCCUUUCUCCUGCGUGUCAAGCUCCAUGGUCAUGAGGCCUGUGCUGUUUUGCUGUGGCCCCUGCCCCGGCCUCAGCAUGUUGGAGCAGCCUGGGUGGCAGCGGUGCUGGGGCCACUGCCCGAGAGCAGCCGGGUGUGUGUGUGUGUGUGUGUGUGUGUGUGUGUGUGUGUGUGUGUACAGAUAUUCUGUACAUAAUAAAAGGAGUUCACUUCUGGUGGGAGGACUGAGUUGGGGGUGGAAGGGAGGUGGAGUGAUGGGGCCUUACUUUUUGAUAAGGAGAAAGUGUUUACUCUGGAGCCUCUUAAAAGGUGGAAACAAAAUGUUUACUGAAACUAUUGCUUUAUUUACAAAAAUAAUUAGUAUUUUCUACUUGUAACACCAGAUAUUUUAAAGCAAUAAAAGA